GUCUUACUUUAUGACCCCCAUCCUUAGAGAUAACAUUUCUAGGAAACCAAACCCUCAACAAUAAUUUAUCACCCCACUGCUAAAGAGAAAAGGGGAUUAAUCUAAAUACAAGUGAAUAAAAAGGGUGUUUUAGUGCAAUAACCCUGCCUGUAGAUGUUGGGAUAAUAUAAAGGACAAUACAUAUACACAUUUUUCAGUCAGACUACAGGUCAAUCCUUUUCCAUGUAGUCGAGAAUAGAUUGUACCUCCUCAUAUGUAAUUUACAUAAUUGAAUGCAGCUGCAAAUUUGAUACAUGGACCGAACAAAAGAACAACAACCGAGCCAUAUGAACAAUCACCACCAUAAUGUUACCAAGGCUAUGUUACACAUAGUGUCUCCGGACAUGCUGCCGUAGUCCAUGGAAAUGAUCACAGCUAUAGAAGACAUCUGUAAUACACCACACGACAGAUCAAAAGAAAUCAAAAGAAGAAAAUCAUUCUGGAUAUGUGAACACAAUGACACCCCUAGGUCUAUGUUAUUGGUGUCAUAAUAUAAUAUUGGAAUUUUUUUCCCAAAUCAUCUGAUCCAGAGAAGUGUUUUUUGUGCCAAAAAGUCUUUUUGUUUUAUUUACUGUUCAGUCAGGCUGCUCCGAUACCAAACUCCAGGGAAGGCGUCACCAGUGCCAUAUACAAGGAUACUGCAAGAGAGAAGAUAUCUCCACAUCCUGAAUAUGGAGGAAUUUCUCCUCUGGAGUCUGAAAUAUAAAAGGAGAAACAUGGGAAGACUUGGGACAGAGCUGAGAAGAUCAUCAGAGAGACACAAGACAACCGGACAGGUUGAUAGGAAGAGAAGAAAGUCACCAGAUCGGCCCCAAUCCUCCAGCCAUGGACAUCAGACUGGUGGUCUUCAGUAUUCUACUUGUGGCAGUGACCGGACAUCCACACCGGAGACGCUGCCCGAUGUCCAGAUAUAAAUCAGUAUCUUCCACUGACAUCACGGGGAUCAGACAACUGCAGAAUGAACAUGAGAAGAACAUGUCCACCAGUGCCAUCAAAUGCUACAGAAGAAUGAUGAGGCACAAGCCGUCUGUAUGUGACCUAAAGCCCAGUGACCGUCUGAUUCUGACCUUGGAGCGAGUUACAGUAACUACAGAAUUUCUGGCAAAUCUUUCCACGUCUGCUGUGCCGGAUCCUGUAUCACAGUCAUACAUGAUGUUCCUCAGAAUCAGAGAUGAUCUUCUGAUCUGUAGAGAAUUAUCAGGACACAGUAAAACCCCAUCUGAGGAGCUGAAGCCAUGGCUGCACCAUCUCCAGCACUUUGUGGAAGAGGCCUCUGCACAAUGUCUCCAGGACGCUGUGUUACUCGGUCUCAUCCAGUUACUGGUGGAAGAUGUCGGGUGUUGGGCUCAUGGGAAGUAA